AACAAAAAAAAAAAAAAAAAGGAAAAAAACUACGCUCAUAACGAUCUAUCUAUAUUUUUAUUCACCCAUUGCUCCGCACAUUUGAUUGUUUCUUUCUAACAGCUAUCAAUCGCCUUUCACCACUUUUCUGACUCAUUGUUUUCGCUUCAAGUGAAGCUGUAUCCUGUCAACAUACACAAUUGAAGAGAUAAUUCUAUACAAAUGUGGUGCAACAAUUGUUGUCUGUGUUUUCCUCUCCGAGGAGGCGCGAUGUGGCUCACCGGAUUGGUGUUGACAAUUAAUGGCAUUGGCGCUAUAAUACUCUUCCUUUGGGGUCCAUAUUUCUUUUCCACGCUCAUGGCACUCCUUUUUGCUGGAUUCUCAGUCCUUCAAGCUGGUACCGCUGGUCUUGCCUUCCUUGGCCUUUGCAAUUGGUCAUACAUGCUGACAAGGCUGUUCGUCUAUAUUCAAUGGCUGAUUGCAUUUCUUGCAACCGCACGUAUCGGUGUCAUGGCCUAUCAACUCGAAAAGAACAAGGGACAUAUCGCUGCAGAAUGUUGGGGCGCUGUCAAUGAUAAGGGAUACUCUCCUCAAGGCACUGCAGCGGCGUUUUAUUGCAGUACCCCGAUCGAGUCCUUUAUCCUGAUCUUUAUUUUUGGCCUAGUAAUGGACUAUGUACUCAACCUGUAUAUGUACUUUGUCGUUUGGCGGUUCUAUGUGCGUAUGCGCCUUUAUCCUUUCCACAAGCGUUUCGGACUCACGUAUGAGCAUGGGUUAUACGAGAUCUAAUACAGUAAUAUAAUUGAAAAAUAAAAUGUUUACAAUACAAAAGUUGUG